AUGGACCUCACGGCUGAGCUGAAUGACCAUUUUGCAGCGACCUUUCCAGAUGGCCUCCCGAAAGAUGUUCUGGUCGAGCUCCAGUCCAUCAUGCGGAUACACAACCUCACCGCGGAGGAGCUGUUCUACAAAUGGGAGUCCUAUAGCAUGAAGAUGGGCGACGAGGUUAAAUUGAAUAUGACGACAGUUCGCGCAUUGAAACAGGAUAUUCAGGAGGCUUUGGAACGUGAAAGUCGAGCCAAAGCUGGGCGGCAGCACGACAAGAGGAACGCUGUUACAGCAACCCCACGUGCGUCGGCGGGUGGUGAUAUGUUUGGGAUGCUGGGUGAAUUGACCCCCAAUGCGAAUGGUCGAUCCAUGAAUGUAGUGACCGGCUCAGCGAAGCGCAAGGCCGAGUUUCCAUCCCCUGCGACACCAAAGAUGGGAAAAUUGGACAAGAUUGGAACCCCUAAUGGCGCAAAGACCCCUAAUUCUUUGGUUGCUAAUGGACUUGGCCCCUCCGUUCCCUUUGCUGACAGACCAAACCCCGGACAAACGAUAGAGACACUCAAUGCGCACCUGUCUCUACCAGAAGCCCCAAUGGCUCCGUUCUCCGAAGCGCGCAUUCGGCCCACCGCCAAUACAGACCUCAAGAAAUUUGGAUACAAACCAAUGGGAAUGAGACUGUCGGAGGCAUCCGAAAUUCUUGAUGACCGCAUUGAUGAAUUCACGACUAUUUUUCAGAAUCAUUAUGACUCGGAUGAGCUCACUUUUGGAAGCGCCGCUACCCAAAGUACAAGUGAGAUCAUUGCUGUCGGUCGAAUCGCCUCUGAUGCUAUGGAAGGCAGACUCAACCCAGCGUCUCUAGUCCUUGAGACCUCGCGCAGGACUGGCGCAGGAAGAAGAGUUCCCUUGAAGGUCGACUCGGUACCGGGCUUGAGUUUCUUCCCUGGUCAGAUCGUGGCUCUCCGAGGUAUCAACCCCUCGGGCGAGUACUUUACAGUCAAGGAGAUUCUUCCUAUCCCUCUCUUGCCCCCUGCUGCCUCCUCUGCGGUGACCUUUGAUAACAUCAACGAGCGCCUAGAAACAGGAGGCGACUUGCCACUUAAUAUCAUGGUCGCUGCGGGGCCGUUCACGGCAGACGACAACUUGGAUUUUGAGCCUCUUCAGGAGCUGUGUCAGAAGGCUGCAGACAACUAUGCGGACAGUCUUGUACUGCUCGGUCCAUUUUUAGAUGUCGAGCAUCCACUGCUAGCAACUGGAGACUUCGACCUCCCAGACAUCAAGGGUCUUGAUCCGGAUACGGCGACCCUGACUACGAUCUUCCGGCACUUCAUCUCAACACCCUUACAACGACUCGUAGCAGCUGUCCCCAGCAUCACAGUCGUCUGUGUACCAUCUGUGCGUGACGCUUUGAGUCGCCAUGUCUCCUGGCCGCAGGAGCAGCUGCUCAAGAAAGAACUCGGCUUGCCAAAACAAGUUCGCAUGGUUUCUAACCCCGUGACACUGUCCUUCAACGAGACUGUCGUCGGUAUGUGCUCACACGAUGUGCUCUCAGAGCUGCGUCGUGAGGAAGUCUUACAGGGCAAGUUGAGCGAGGGCAACCUGCUCACUCGGUUGCCCAAAUAUCUGGUUGAACAACGACACUUCUUCCCUCUGUUUCCGUCUUCUUCCCGCGCAAGUCUUCCCAAGACAGCGACUGGCAUGGGUACAGGUGCGAUGCUGGACGUGCCCUACAUGAAGUUGGGUGAAUGGUGGAAUGUUCGGCCAGACAUACUAAUUGUUCCCAGCAUGCUUCCGCCUUUUGCCAAAGUCGUCGACAGUGUACUCGUGAUCAAUCCGGGCACCUUGUCCAAGCGCCGUGGCCCAGGCACCUGGGCUCAGAUGGCAGUGCACCCCCGAGUAAUCCCCGAAGAAGAACGCGAGCAAAAACAACUCGACCACAAGCUUUACGAACGUGCCCGCGUGGACAUCAACCGGAUCUAA